CACAAAAACACUGAAAACUAGCCAAAGAAAGAGAACAAAAAUGUUCUACUUCAUCCUCCUCCCUCUCCUCCUCUUCUUGGCUUACAAGUUCCUCUUCUCCAAAACGGAGCGUUUUAACCUCCCCCCUGGACCACCGUCACGUCCCUUCGUUGGCCAUCUCCACCUCAUGAAACCACCCAUCCACCGUCUCCUCCAACGCUACUCCGACAAAUACGGUCCAAUCUUCUCCCUCCGUUUCGGCUCCCGCCGCGUCGUGGUGAUCACUUCACCUUCACUCGCCCAAGAAGCCUUCACCGGCCAAAACGACCUCAUCCUCUCGAGCCGCCCGCUCCAGCUCACGGCCAAAUACGUCGCCUACAACCACACAACCGUCGGCACCGCUCCUUACGGCGACCACUGGCGUAACCUCCGCCGCAUCUGCGCCAACGAAAUCCUCUCCAACAACCGCAUCACCAACUUCCUCCACAUCCGCAAAGACGAAAUCCGCCGCAUGCUCACGCGCCUCUCGCGUGCCACGACACACUCCGACGACGCGAGCCGCUUCACUCACGUGGAGCUGGAGCCGCUUCUCUCGGAUCUAACGUUCAACAACAUCGUUAGGAUGGUCACGGGGAAGACGUAUUACGGAGAUGACGUGUACAACAAGGAAGAAGCGGAGCUUUUCAAGAAGUUAGUUUACGACAUCGCCGUGUACAGCGGCGCGAAUCACACGGCGGAUUACUUGCCGGUGCUGAAACUGUUCGGAAACAAGUUCGAGAAGGAAGUCAAAGCUCUCGGAAAAUCCAUGGACGAUAUCUUGCAGCGUUUGCUCGAUGAGUGUAGGAGAGACAAAGAUGGUAACACAAUGGUCAACCACUUGCUUUCAUUACAACAACAAGAGCCUGAUUAUUACACUGACGUCAUCAUCAAAGGACUAAUGAUGGCGAUGAUGCUCGCCGGAACCGAGACCUCCGCCGUAACCUUAGAAUGGGCCAUGACGAGCUUAGUGAAACAUCCGCAAGUGUUGGAGAAGGCAAGAUCAGAGAUCGAUGAGAAGAUCGGAAAAGACCGUCUCAUCGACGAACCAGACGUCGCCGUCCUUCCAUACCUCCAAAACGUCGUCUCGGAGACAUUCCGGUUAUUCCCGGUGGCGCCAUUCCUUAUCCCUAGAAGACCUACGGAGGACAUGAAGAUAGGCGGUUACGACGUGCCACGCGACACGACAGUGUUGGUUAACGCUUGGGCUAUACAGAGAGAUCCAGAGUUCUGGGACGAACCGGAGAGGUUUAACCCCGAUCGGUUUGACAACGGAUGCGGCAGCGAGUAUUAUGCUUAUAAGCUGAUGCCGUUUGGAAACGGUCGGAGGAUUUGUCCCGGUGCAGGACUAGGGAGGAGGAUCGUGACGUUGGCGCUUGGAUCGUUAAUUCAAUGUUUUGAUUGGGAGAGUGUGAAAGGCGAAGAGAUUGAUAUGUCGGAGAGUGCUGGGUUGGGUAUGCGCAAAAUGGAUCCUUUACGUGCUAUGUGUAGGCCCAGGCCUAUUAUGUCUAAACUUCUAAUCUAGUUAGAAGUCUAUGUUAAAAGAAAAAUAAUAAUGAAAUGACUAUUG